CUCGCCGACCGUCAGUGAGUUACCGGAUCCGAUUCAGAGGCCAAUUCAAUCUGCACACACGUUUUUUUGUUCACCGUCUACUGAGAGCUGCUGCAGUUUCGCACGUGUAAUAUUGUAUCGUAUACAUCUGCAUUUUUCAACUCUGCCAUACAUCGUAGUAUUGCACAUCGUAUUAGAUAAAUCAGCAAAAUGGUUCAAAAUACCGAAAUUGUUGAUGUCAGUAACAACACUGUGACGUUGGACAAUUUGUCUGACUAUAUGGUUGUUGGCUGGGAUAUAGAUACGACUGGACGCCGUUUAUUGGACGAAAUCUGCCAUAUUGCUGGUUACACACCAAACUCGACAUUUAAUCAAUAUAUAAUGCCACAUAAUGACAUUGAUCAAGUUGCCAGAAGACGUCAUCUUUUGUGCACUAUAACAAUGGGACGUUUCCGUGCAUUAAAAGAUAUCAAAAAUAAUAAAACAUUAAAAUCAAAAAGUGAAAUAUCUGCUUUAGCCGAAUUUAUAGAAUGGUUAGAACAAAUGUUGAAAGACAAUGGUAAAAAAAUGGCCAUUUUAGUUUGUCAUGAAGUUACCAAAUUCAACACUUGUCUUCUAAUUAAGUCUCUUCUUGCCUAUAACUUAUUAGAUAAAUUCUCUGGAGUAGUUAAAGGAUUUGCUAACUGCCAUUCAUUUGCUCAAACUCAUUGUCAAGAUACUAUGGUUAUGUUUUCAUUAAGAGUUCUAUCAAAGGUUCUUUUAGAUAAAGAUCACAUUGAUACUUCCAAGGCUACCGAUCGCGCUAAAUUAGCUUAUGAUAUUGUUCAGCAUUUAUGUGUAACUUUGGAAAGUGGUAAUGAUGAUGGGAAAGAAGUAGUAACUGGAAGUGAAGUUUCUGAAGAAACUAAGACCAAGGCAUUAUCUACAUUCCUUACAAGCAUAGAUUCUGAAGUACAGACAUUACAUAGCACUCAAGAGUUGUUGGCAAGACAGAAGUCACUAAAUACAGUUUAUCAUAAGUCUUUGUCAUACCAAACAACUGCCUUAGAUCGCAAGAAAGCUAUAAGUUAUCGUAAUUCCAUUGCCAAAGCUAACAUUGAUUAUAUGACACUUCAAUCUUUAUGGACCGAGAAUAAAGAUGGUUUCAAAGAUGCUAUUAAAGAAAAAUUGCCUGAACUUUCUGAUGAUGAUAAAGAAAAUAUUGUUACUACUAUAAUUAUGCAUUUUGAAAACCCUGAACCUGUUUCUCCACCACCUAAAGGAGGUCGAAAGUAUGGCGGUAGAUUCAGGAGACGUAGCAGCAGUAAUAAGGAUAACAGAAAGAGCUUAUCUGAAAACGAUGCAGGCUCUAUUUCACCAAAAUCAACAGACCACGCUAAUGGUUACAACCUAGAAGCAGAAAAGCCUCAGAAUGAAAUUAUCAAAAGUCAUGAAAAUGGUGAAAACAACUGAUUAAAAACCAAAGUUUGAUUACCAUUUUAAGUAUUAAGUAUUAAGUAUUAUUUAAAAAAACGUUAAGUUUUUUUGUUGUUCUUCAUAGACUACUUAAAAGUUUUAUAAUAAUAAUUUUUAAAAUCAAAAAAAAUAUAUUGAUUGUAUGAAACAAAAGCAAAGUUCUAACCACUUUUCGCGUUCAAUUAACUAUUUUCCUUAUGGAUGAUAUUUUAUAAUUUUAUUUUAAAAAAAUCAAGUCGAUUUUAAUAUUUAUUUUUCUUCAUGUUCUAUUUCUAUUUUAAUUUGUAAGAACGCGAGUAAGUUGAGGUCAUUAUAACACAUGUAAUAAUUUUUACAAGAUAAAACUAUUCAUCUAUAAAACAAUAAACAAAGAAUAUAACAACAACA